AGAUUAACAUUUAGUACUUGUUUUCAUUUGUCCAUCUCCAAUCCCCCACAAAAAUUUCACUCAAAAGAAAUGGGUGCUGAGGUAUCCAGAAACCAUGCCUUUGGACAAAACUCCUAUCAUGUUGCGUACCCAAAAAGACAGGACUCGAAUCCUGUUGCCUUCCUUAAAAAACAGGGCCCCAAACCUGUUCUCACUUUCCACAAAUCGUCCGAAUGGAGGGCUUAUUUUGAGACUACUAAGAGCUCUAAGAAACUGAUAGUGAUUGAUUUUGGCGCAGCAUGGUGCGGACCCUGUCGAGUCAUGGAGCCCUUCUAUAAGGAACUUGCUACCAAAUUUCCUGAUGUUGAGUUUGUGAAGCUUGAUGUGGAUGAACUUAUGGAUGUUGCUGAUGAAUGGGAAAUACAAGCAAUGCCAACUUUUAUUCUGGUUAAACAAGGAAGGGUGGUUGAGAAGGUGGUGGGUGCAAGGAAAGAUGAUCUUGCAAUGAAGGUUGAGAAGUAUAGGCUCUGAAAAAUGUUACUCCUUCCCAAUCUUGCUAGAGCCCUAAUGCCUAUGGUUAAGGGCCCUUUUUUGAAUGCUGAGGGCUCCUACGUGACACAGAAUAAUGAGAGGGAUGGUUGCAUGGUUGAAGGUUUUCUUUACACUUGGGCUUAGCCAUGUCAAAUCAGUAGAGGCUUGUAGAAUUUACUUCUUUGUAAUAAAGUGGUGAUACAUGUCAAAUUUAACCUUU